ACAUCCUCAACACUGAAGAUUCUCACUUUAGUUCUUUCAAAAUGAUGGAUUUUCAUAAUGUUUAACUUUUGCUUUCAUAGUUUGAACUCAAGUUUAUUUGUGUCUUGCUACACAUCCGUAUUUCAAAUUGUAUAACGCGAGAUGUUGACAGAAACUGGGCUCUGAGUCACUGUAAAGAAAGGGGCCUAAUUCUGAGUCACGUCUAGGGCACUAGAAUGUUUUGGCAUAAAGCCACAAUGCCAGGCUACUCCUCAGAUUUUCCAGAGACCACUCGUUUCUCCCUCCUCCCUUCACAUUUUUUUUUCCCAGUUGGAGUUCCUCUUCAUGUUGUGGAUAAGAAACAGAACGUCCCCGCUGUGUUCCGUGGCCCUACAGUCCCCAAGGCCCGCCAAUCUCUGAUCAGAACAACCUCCUGGAACGCCCAACUCCUAAUUCCUUUUCACCCGCUCAGGUUCUCAAAAACCAGGACCAUGACAAGAGUGGGCUGGUUUCCACUUCAACACUCCUUGGCUCUCUGAGCCAAAUUUUCAACUCUGCACAGCCAGUCGCCUCAUCGGUCCGCGCAGCCUGGGACCUCAGGCCAAGAAAUCCUCGAGUGAUUUUAUUUCGGCAAAAUCAAAAAAACGAAAACCAAAAAGAGACUACAAACACCUUGCAGCCCGGCGCUUCAAUUCCACCCGCGGUUCCCGUCCGACCCGCAGCCCAGCGCAGUCGCGGGCCUCGCCCUGACGUCAUCAAGGCGCCCGGAAGUAGCCGUCAGGCUGGAGACGUCACCCGGUUGCGCCGAGUAAGAUCGCUGCUUACCAGUUGCUGGGAGGAGGCUAGAGGGAAGCUGCUGGGUCAGGAUCAUGCCUAACAGGGAGAGCUUUCCCGGGCAGCAGAGGCUGGUGGGCUUGGGGUGAAAGAAGCAGGGCAGAUGCAAAAUCUGGAGAGCGCGGGGGCCGGGCGGUCAGUCAGCACCCAGACUGGCAGCAUGACCGGUCAAAUGCCAAGACUUUCUAAAGUCAACCUUUUCACUCUGCUCAGUCUCUGGAUGGAGCUCUUCCCAGGAGUAGAAGCCCAAAAGCAAAAAUCUCAGGAAAAUGAAGAAGACAAAUGUGGACCCUUAGGAGAUGAUAAAGAGAUGGCCAGAGAAUCUACWAACAAAAAACAGGUGAAGAAAACUGGUCUCGUGGUGGUGAAAAACAUGAAAAUUGUUGGUCUCCAUUGUUCUAGUGAAGAUCUACAUGCUGGGCAAAUUGCUCUUAUUAAACAUGGGUCAAGGCUGAAAAACUGUGAUCUUUAUUUUUCCAGAAAACCAUGUUCUGCUUGUUUGAAAAUGAUUGUAAAUGCUGGAGUUAAUCGAAUUUCAUAUUGGCCUGCUGAUCCAGAAAUAAGUUUGCUUACUGAGGCUUCUAGUUCUGAAGAUGCAAAGUUAGAUGCCAAAGCUGUGGAAAGACUGAAGUCAAACAGUCGGGCCCAUGUGUGUGUCUUACUUCAACCUUUGGUGUGUUAUAUGGUGCAGUUUGUAGAGGAGACUUCCUACAAAUGUGACUUUAUUCAAAAAAUUACAAAGACAGUACCAGAUGCUAACAUUGACUUUUAUUCUGAAUGUAAACAAGAAAGAAUAAAAGAAUAUGAAAUGAUAUUUUUGAUUUCAAAUGAAGAAAUGCAUAAGCAAAUCCUGAUGACUAUAGGUCUGGAGAACCUGUGUGAAAAUCCCUACUUUAGCAAUCUGAGGCAAAACAUGAAAGACCUUAUCCUAAUCUUGGCCACAGUAGCUUCCAGUGUGCCCAGCUUUAAACACUUUGGAUUUUAUUGUAGUAAUCCAGAACAGAUUAAUGAAAUUCACAAUCAAAGUUUGCCACAAGAAAUUGCAAGGCACUGCAUGGUUCAGGCCAGGUUAUUGGCAUAUCGGACUGAGGAUCAUAAAACAGGAGUUGGAGCAGUCAUUUGGGCAGAAGGAAAAUCUAGAAGCUGUGACGGAACCGGAGCUAUGUACUUCAUAGGAUGUGGCUAUAAUGCCUUUCCUGUUGGAUCUGAGUAUGCUGACUUCCCACAUAUGGAUGACAARCAGAAAGACAGAGAAAUAAGGAAAUUCAGAUACAUCAUACAUGCUGAACAAAAUGCCUUGACAUUUAGGUGUCAAAAAAUAAAACCAGAAGAAAGAAGCAUGAUUUUUGUGACAAAAUGCCCAUGUGAUGAAUGUGUACCUUUAAUUAAAGGUGCUGGCAUAAAACAAAUCUAUGCAGGGGAUGUAGAUGUUGGAAAAAAGAAGGCAGACAUCUCUUACAUGAGGUUUGGGGAACUUGAGGGUGUUAGCAAAUUUACCUGGCAGCUGAAUCCAUCUGGAGCUUAUGAUCUUGAAGAAAACGAGCCUGAAAGGAGAGAAAACGGUGUGUUGAGAGCCCUGCCUGGGAGUGAGGAGCAGCACCGCAAGAAGCUAUGUCUGGGAAAGCCCUCGGAGGGCCUCUCUACGCUGCAGUGACGGCCUCAGGAGUUGGUUGUUGCACCUCUAAAGUUCAGCCUUGUUAACUCAGAAAAUGAGGAUGGAUUUCGUGAACCAUUGAAAAGUUUGUUAGGAUAUGAAUUAUGUUGAUGAGGACAUUUUUAUUUUAGACUUAUUUGUGUAUUUUUCAGAAUAUGGCAAUGUGUUUAAUGCUUUAAUGAGAUCAGUGUCAUCACCAACAGGGAUGGAUUUCUGUUUAUCUCAGUUUCUAUUUAUACAGCCAGUUUGAAAGGGGCUGGCUCACUGGAGUCAUAUCUCAACAGGGAAUUGCAUAUCUUUYGAGAAGUAUUAAUUCCUUUGGAUUACAAGGGUGACAAUUAGUAAAUUGUCCAGGGAAAUAAGUGACAAUCUGUUCAUAUUUUAAGAAUCCAUGUAUAGAUAACCAGAAGGGUCAUGUUUAUACCUAAAAUCAUUCUAGCAUUCAAAAAUUACUUAAUUGGGACUGUCUUAAAGUCUCCAUUUUGAAACUAUAUUUUUAAAAUUAGUAAUCUCUUAGGCUGGAGGUCUAGCUCAGUGGUAAAGUACUAGCCAGCAUGU